AUGCACACAAGUGUAGAUGCGAGGGGUCCCGAUGCCCGCUCCUUCAACUCAGAUCGAUGGUUGAAGCCAAAUGCUAAAAGCCUCGAGCAAUAUCAAGUCGCGUUUUCCAAAGGAGCCAGGAUGUGUCUGGGGCAGAAAUAA